CACUUCCUUUACAGCGCCGCUCUGAGAAACGGGUCCGGCGGGCUGCUGCUGCUGCUGCUGAUUAUGCCCCUCACACGUGUUACAUUUCUCCGUGUUUGUGCGUACGCGUGUGUUUUGCGAGCGAUUUAAGCGCAUCCCCAGUUCUCGGUGAGCCGCGCUUUUCUACGUGCUCGUCUUCGUCUCUUUGACCGGCAGAAACUCCAGCAGCAGCGUCGCCUUCCUGUGUGCUUAGCUAGCCCUGAUUACAGCAGCUAGCCGGCUAAAAGUACCGGGCACACGGCGUUAGCUAGCUCUCUGACCGCUUCGACUCCGCUCUCGCUUGGCCAGUGAAAUGCUCCAGAGCUGCCCUGAGCUCGAACAAACGCCGUAGCUCUGAGCUGUGUCUUCGUUUCGGAUUUAAACCGGUUUCUUUUGUAGUAGGAACGCGUUGUUCUCUUCGAGCACCAACACAAUAGCUCGGUGGGAUCAUGGGGGCAUACCUGUCUCAGCCCAACACGGAGAAAACAACAGCCGACGGAGGGAACAAAAAGCUCAGCUACGGCUGUGCUGCUAUGCAAGGCUGGCGCAUUUCAAUGGAGGAUGCCCACAACUGUAUCCCAGAGCUGGAUGAGGAGACUGCGAUGUUCGCUGUAUAUGAUGGCCAUGGGGGUGAAGAAGUUGCUUUGUACUGCUCGAAAUAUUUACCUGACAUCAUAAAGGAGCAGAAGGCAUAUAAAGAUGGCAAGCUGCAAAAGGCUCUAGAAGAUGCCUUCCUGGCUAUAGACAGUCGAAUCACCAUGGUGGAGGUCAUCAAGGAGCUUGUUCAGAUCGCCGGCCGCCCCCAAGAAGAGGCAGCCUCCGAAAAAGUAGCAGAUGAAGAUGAUUUGGAUAAUGAGGAGGCUGCUCUUCUGCAUGAAGAGGCCACCAUGACAAUCGAGGAGCUGCUUGUCCGAUAUGGGCAGAACCUGAACAAAUCAGCCAAGAAGCCCAGCCAGGAUGUCUCCAAAGAGCCUGAGGAUGGUGAGAAGUCUCAUACUGAGAAGGGAAUCAAUGGCGAGACAGAAUGCGAGGCCUCUGAAACGGACAGCAACGGAACAGCAAAGGCGAGUGAGGCUGGAGAAGCAGCUGGAGGCUCCAAAAUGAGGGCUUGUAGGAGAGCAGCAGCCUCCAGUGGGGGAAGCUCUGGAGUGGGGGACUCCUCGUCCUCCUCUGGGGGAGAGAAAGCUGCAGCAACAGGAGAUGCCGGCCCAUCCUGUUCUUCUGCAGCACCGGCCCCAGGAAGUGCCAAGUCCAAGUUUUUCGAGGACAGUGAUGAGUCUGACGAUGGCGAGGAUGAAGAGGAGGGCAGUGACGAGGAGGACUGCAGUGAGGAGGAUGGUGAGGAUAGCAGUGAAAAUGAAGAUGAUACAGAGGAGGAGGAGGAGGAGGAAGACACUGAUGAGGAAGAGGAAAUGUGCUUGCCAGGGAUGGAUGGAAAAGAAGAGCCGGGCUCAGAUAGUGGAACUACAGCUGUGGUGGCCCUUAUCCGUGGGAAGCAGCUGAUAGUAGCUAAUGCUGGAGACUCUCGCUGUGUGGUCUCAGAGAGAGGAAAAGCAGUAGACAUGUCCUACGACCACAAACCAGAAGAUGAACUGGAGCUUGCCAGAAUAAAGAACGCAGGGGGCAAGGUGACCAUGGAUGGCCGGGUCAAUGGAGGCCUUAACCUCUCCCGAGCCAUCGGGGACCACUUUUAUAAGAGGAACAAAGCCCUUCCACCUGAAGAACAGAUGAUCUCUGCUUUUCCGGAUGUCAAAGUGCUGACUCUUAAUGAAGAGCAUGAAUUCAUGGUUGUUGCCUGUGAUGGCAUCUGGAACGUAAUGAGCAGUCAGGAGGUUGUGGACUUUGUAAGUGAGAGAUUGAAACCUGAAGGUAGUGAAACCAAACCACUAUCUGCCAUUAUUGAAGAGCUGCUUGACCACUGCUUGGCUCCAGACACAUCUGGGGAUGGUACAGGCUGUGACAACAUGACCUGCAUGAUCGUCACCUUCUCCCCACAUGCUGGCAGCAAUGUGGCUGAGUGCACAAAGAAGCGGAAGCUUGACGAGCAGGUGCCUGAGGAGAACUGCAGUGACGACAAAAAAUCCAAAACUGAAUAGAGCCACUGUCCUAGAACCUGAGGUUCUUUUAACGCUCUUUUGAAGACGAAAUUGGACGCUAUCUUCUUCUCUGUAUACAACCCUCACUGGAAUUUUUUUUUUUAUGGAUUGAUUCCCCAAGAAAGAAUGUUUUAGUAUUAAAUCAUUUGAAGUUGCAAGGAGAUCGACUGUAAGCCAGCCAUCUUUUUCUUGUUUUUGUAAUAAUUUGUUUAGGAGGCCCAUGUCAACAUGUCCACUUGGAUGAGUACAGCUGUAUCUCAGCAGAGGUGCAGCAUUACACAAGUCUGUGAAUCCUUAUGUACUCUCUGUUCACAUACCCUUGUAUAUAGUAGUGUUUCCAGCAGCGUAUGAUUUGCCGCCCCCCCCCCUUAUUGUGUGUAUUCGUGACUUCCUCUUGACACCCAUAUGUAAUUGUAUUCAAAUACAUUUUUUGUAAAUUAUGCGAUGAAUGCAAUUUUUUUUAUAUAAAUAUAGAUGAAGAUCAUAUUUGUUCUAUGAAGCCAUUUAGCUUAAAUCUUAAAAAUGCAAUCUGGUUUGAAACAAAUUACAAUGACAUUCCUUUUGCUUUGGUUUUGUUUAAGAAAACAUUGACUUCAAGUUAAGCUCUGCAAGCACAAGUCUCAGUAAUUGAUGUGGCAGUUGCAGAGUACAUCGUUCCAUGGUGGCUACAAAUGGAGGAAAAAUUAUUAAAAUUUGAGAUUAUCUGCAAAUAAUCAUUUAGGCAGUGCAGCUAUGAGAUGGGGCCCCUGGUACAAAGGGAUUGCCACUCAUGUUUUACGUUUUCAGCCUCUCGUGUAGGUCAAUAAGGUUUCUAUACAAGGUAUUUUGGAAAAUAUAUUUUGGUACUUUUAAAGCAUCUUUGUGAAUUCUCCAAGAAAAGUUAACAUUGCUGAGAAUGACAUCUUUUCCUGAAACAAUAAACAAGUGGAGACAUA